AUGGGCAAAACUCCGCACGAGCUCAUGCGCGAGCAGAUGGACGAGCUGAUGGGCAAGGCCCGCGACGUGCCGCUCGAGGAGCGAGAGAAGGCGCUUCCCUCCUUCUCCGACCCGAGCAUCGACCGGUUCCACCUGUGCGGUUGCUCGCCGUACGAGCUGCUCAAGGGGACCAAGUUCGAGACGAUGCCGCAGCUGCAGCGCGACGGCUUCCUCAAGGAGCGCUCCGAGGCGCUGCGCGUGCAGUGGGAGGCGCUGCCGCAGGAGGAGAAGGACAAGUACGGGUACGAGCGCGAGCUGAUGCUGCUGCUCGAGCUGCUGGUGGACGAGCAGGACCGGCGGAUCGCAAAGGCCAAGGAGCGGUACGAGCGCGAGAACGCGCUGGUGCCGCCCAUCCCGGCCGAGACUCAGGCCGAGAUUGACCGGCUGCGCGGCGAGGUCAAGGAGCUGCAGGCGCA